CCUUUUUUUUUAAAAAAAAAAAAAAAUUCCCCUUUUCUUAAAUUUCUUUUUAUCCAUCUUGUCUGUAUAAUAAAAAGCGAAUCGUGCCAACAAAACAAAAUUUUUAUAAUAAGAAAAAUACGUUAUUCGAUUGUAUUAGUAGUCAGAUUUUUUAUAAUCAUUGUACGAUUGGAAAGAAAAAAAUAUUUAAUUGACAACUUGACACAUUCCGCGUGGCAUCAAAUGUGGCA